AUGGACAAGACUCAGGAGAAGGUCGAGCAGCCUGUAGCUCAGACCGAAGCCCCUGCGGCCGUCGAGAGCGAGAAGGUCGAGAAAACCGUCGAGAAGCCCGUCGAGGAGAAGAAGGACGCCGAAGAAGCUCCAUCGAAGCCUGCCGAAGAGAAAAAAGAGGUUAAACCUGCUGAGCAGGUCAAGACUGAGGCUGCUGGAGCUGCUACAGCUCAGGUCAAGGCCGAGGAGCCUGCGCCAGCGGACAACCGCCCAGAGUACCUGACCAAACAUGCAGGGCUUGCCCAGUUCUUCGACCGAUUGCCGGCCAUCCUCGAGGCUACGGGACACAAUGAGAUGUGGGGAGUGACCCUGAAGGACGCAGAGGACGUUCCAACCGUCAAUAUCAUGAUCAAGUUCCUUCGUGCCAACGAGGGAAACCUGAGGCAGGCUGAGGAACAGCUGACCAAGGCCUUGCAGUGGCGCAAGGAGAUGAAGCCCCUAGAGAUUGUCAAGGACAUGAAAUUCUCUGCUAAGAAGUUCAAGAACUUGGGCUUCAUCACCACGUACGGCACUGGCGAGGCCAAGUCUGUUUUCACAUGGAACAUCUACGGCGCUGUCAAGAACAUUGACGAGACCUUUGGUGACCUUACUGGAUUCAUCAAAUGGCGCGUUGCUCUCAUGGAGCUUGCUAUCCGCGAAUUGAACCUGGACAAGGCAACGACCGUCAUCCCUGCUAUUGGCGAAGACCCUCACCAGAUGUUCCAGGUCCACGACUACCAGAACGUCAGCUUUCUGCGCAUGAGUCCAACCAUCCGCAAUGCCUCCCGCGAGACCAUCACCGUCUUCAGCAUGGCCUACCCAGAGCUCCUGCGCGAGAAGUUCUUCGUCAAUGUCCCUACUGUCAUGGGAUGGGUCUUCACUGCGCUCAAAGUUUUCCUGAGCAAGAACACCAUCCGCAAGUUCCACCCUAUCACCAAUGGCUCUGCUUUGGCUCGCGAGUUUGGUGAAGCUGGCGCCGAAUUCCCUAAGUCAUAUGGUGGCAAGAGCCCUGAGCUGGCUGAGAAUGGCAUGACUGUUGCUCUCAUCGAUGACGUUUCCCAGGAGAAGGAGGUCAAGACCGAGACUGAGACCAAGACCGAACCAAAGACCGAAACUAAGGCCGAGGACAAGCCUGAAGCCAAAGCUGAAGAGCCAAAGGCCAUAAAGGAGGAGGCUCCUGAGAUCAAGCUAGAGGAGCCUAAGACCGAGACUCCUGCCGCUCCUAUGCCUGAGAAGACCGCUACUGAAGUUACUGAUCAGCCAGCUGCUGAGACCAACGGAACUCCCAAGGUCGCUGAGGAACCAACCCCAGCCGCUGCACCAGCCGCUGCCCCGGCCAGCUAA